UAGUGGCUUGUGUACUACAAAAUCAACCUCUCAUUGCUUCUUCUUUUCAACCAACCAUUACCCAACCAUCUUAUCCUUUCUUGAUUUCUUUCCUUCUCUUCCAAUACAAAGUUCUAAUAAUAAUCACUCAUCAUUCUGUACUCCAUAACAAUAAAUACAAGUGGUGAGUUGAAGAAUCAAUGGCAGCUACACUAUGUCCAGGAAAACUUACCAGCAUUGCUGCAGCGAUCACGAGCCCGAUAAGAGCAUCCCAGAAGAGGCCUAAUGUUAACUACAUUAGUGGAUUGAACUCAUUUGGUGGACUAAAAGCUCAGAACAAUGUUGUGGCAUUAGGCCUUCCGGUCUGCACUGAACAAUCUUUCGCAAACUUUGCUUACUCACUGAAGCAUUCGAACCAGAGAAGUGGAGGUGGAGGUGCACUUACUUCAACCUGCAAUGCAGUGGCUGAGAUUUUCAGGAUUGCUGCAGUGAUAAAUGGCUUAACUCUAGUCGGGGUCGCGAUUGGAUUUGUUCUUCUGAGAAUCGAAGCAGCUGUGGAGGAAGCUGAGUGAACAAAGCUUUGAAGAAGUCUCUAUCAUUUUUUACAAACUGUAUGUUUUGUUUCUUUGAUGUAGAGUUCAAUUUGGGAUUCAUAUAAACAGCUAAUAUAUUGGUUUCGAUUCAGAAACUGCACUGGAUACAUAUCUUAAUAACAACUUGUCAUAUUCUGAUAUCA